GGGGAGGAAGCACCACAGAGUCAAUCAUGUUUCUUGUUUCAUCUGUUUGCUAGUGAUCCGUCACCAUGAGUACGGACGCUGAGAUGCAAAUCUACGGCAAGGCUGCCAUAUACCUCCGUAAGCCUGAGAGGGAGAGGAUUGAGGCACAAACCGCACCCUUUGAUUCAAAGAACUCCUGCUAUGUGACAGACAAGGCAGAGCUGUACCUUAAGGGUCUGGUCACUGCCAGGGCCGAUGGGAAGUGUACUGUAACAAUCACCAAACCUGACGGCACUAAGGAGGAAGGAAAAGAGUUCAAAGAUGCAGACAUCUUCGAGAUGAACCCCCCUAAGUAUGACAAGAUUGAGGACAUGGCCAUGAUGACCUACCUGAAUGAAGCCUCUGUGUUGUAUAACCUCAAAGAGCGUUAUGCAGCAUGGAUGAUCUAUACCUACUCUGGGCUCUUCUGUGCCACGGUGAACCCCUACAAGUGGCUCCCCGUGUACGACGCAGAGGUUGUCAACGCCUACAGAGGGAAGAAGAGGAUGGAGGCUCCACCCCAUAUCUUCUCCGUCUCUGACAACGCCUUUCAGUUCAUGAUGAUUGAUAAGGAGAACCAGUCUGUCCUGAUUACUGGAGAAUCCGGUGCAGGAAAGACUGUCAACACCAAGCGUGUCAUCCAGUACUUUGCUACCAUUGCAGUGUCUGGUGGCAAGAAGGAAGCAGACCCCAACAAAAUGCAGGGGUCUCUUGAGGAUCAGAUCAUUGCAGCUAACCCUCUGCUGGAGUCUUACGGUAAUGCCAAAACAGUGAGGAACGACAACUCGUCUCGCUUUGGUAAAUUCAUCAGGAUUCACUUCCAAGGUGGUAAACUGGCUAAAGCUGACAUUGAGACCUACCUGCUAGAGAAGUCCAGAGUGUCCUUCCAGCUGCCCGAUGAGAGAGGCUACCACAUCUUCUUCCAGAUGAUGACAGGCCACAAACCUGAGCUAGUUGGUAUGAAAAGAAGAGGUUUAUGGGAAAUUCUUCCCACCCCCAUCUGUGGAAUUUAUAAAAAAUAUUCAUAGUCCACAUCAAUGGCA